AUGGGAACAAAUAAUGUGGUCUCGUGGAGUCUCAUUUUCAUGGUUUUGGGGCUCUUUAGCUACACACUAGUUGAAGCUAACAGAGAAGGAAGGUUUUGGAGUGGUGAGAGAUAUGGAUCGGGCCAUGUGCUACAUAGUAGGUUGAGUGAUGGGGCUGGCCAUCUAGGACUAACUGCUGGUGGUUAUAAUGGAGGAAGUGGUAAAGGGGGUGGGAUUGGGUCGGGUUAUGGUGGCAAUGGGGGUGGAGGAGUUGGUGGUGGUGGUGGUUUUGGAUCUGGAAGUGGUGGUGGCGGCGGAGGCUUUGGUGGUGGUGGGGGCUCAGGCAAUGGAGGGUUUGGUUCAGGUGGUGGUAGUGGUGGAGGGUUUGGUUCGGGUAUUGGUGGUGGAGGGUAUGGUACAGGUGAUGGUAGUGGUGGCGGGUUUGGUAAUGGAUCUGGCAAGGGUGGUUAUGGUUCAGGUGGGGGAGGUGGUGGAGGGGGUGGUGGUGACUUCGGGCCUGGGUAUGGUCAGGGUGGUAGUGGUGAAGGAAGUGGAUUUGGCUCAGGCUCAGGCUCAGGCUCAGGAUAUCAAAGAUAUGUUACUGGCACAGGUUCUGGUGGGGGCUCAUACUUACCUCCAAAAAAGACUUAA